UUUCCCCUUCCUCCCCCGGCCACCAACCUUACGCCCCCCCCCCCCCCCAAUCCCCGGAUCCGCCGCGGCGCGAGAUCCGAUCCGGGCGAUGGCGUCCACGGCGGCGAGGCGACUGAGGGAGCUGCAGGGGCAGAACGGCAACAAGACGUGCGUCGACUGCGCGCAGAGGAACCCGCAGUGGGCGAGCGUCUCCUACGGGGUGUUCAUGUGCCUCGAAUGCUCGGGGAAGCACCGGGGCCUCGGCGUGCACAUCAGCUUCGUCCGCUCCGUCACCAUGGACUCGUGGACCGAGGUGCAGCUCCGCAAGAUGGAGGCCGGGGGCAACGAUCGCCUCAACGCCUUCCUCGCCGCGCGGGGCGUGUCCAAGGAGACGCCCCACGUCCCCAAGUACAACUCCAACGCCGCUGCCGCCUACCGCGACCGCAUCGUAGCCCUUGCCGAGGGCCGCCCGUGGAACGACCCGCCCGUCGUUAAGGAGACGCCUGGAUCUGGCGGUCCUGCCCCCGCGAGGAAGCCGCCCUUGCCCGCCGGCGGAGGGGGAAGCGGAGGGGGAGGUGGCGCAGGCGGCGGUGGAUGGGACGACUGGGACGACGAUUUCCGGCCUGAUAUGAGGAGGAACCAGUCGGCUGGGUCGUUUGCUGGUGCUGGAGGGGACUCGGGGAGGCAGCCCACGAGGUCCAAGUCGACUCAGGACAUGUACACGAAGCAGGAGCUGGAGGCAUCGGCGGCUAGCAAGGAGAAUUUUUUCGCCAGGAGGAUGGCGGAGAACGAGGCGAAGCCUCAGGGGAUCCCUCCCUCGCAGGGCGGGAAGUAUGUCGGAUUUGGGUCCAGCCCGGCGCCGCCGGCGAAUAGGAACAACAGUGCUGCCCAGGGCGAUGUCAUGCAGGUCGUUUCACAGGGAUUUGGACGUCUUUCUAUGGUUGCAGCAUCUGCUGCCCAGUCUGCUGCCAGCGUUGUUCAAGUUGGCACACAAGAGCUCCAAUCAAAGAUGAGGGAAGGGGGCUAUGAUCAGAAGGUGAAUGAAACUGUGAAUGUUGUUUCCAAUAAAACUGUGGAGAUUGGAAGCAGAACUUGGGGGAUUAUGAAAGGAGUGAUGGCAUUGGCCACACAAAAGGUCGAGGAGUAUGCUAAGGAAGGGGGAGUGGGCGGCGGCUGGGGAGAUGAUUGGCAACGGGGGGAGCAAAACAACAAUGAGCCUUAUUGUAGGUCUGAGCAUGAGGCCAACGGCAACAGCUGGAAUUCUCCCCAAGAUGGAUCGUCGAAGAAUCACAAUUCCAAUUCUUGGGAUGAUUGGGAUGACCAAGGCAAGAAGGAUGAGCCUGUGAAACCAAGCCAGAGCAGCGACUCAUGGGCUGGAUGGGACGACGCGAAAGAUGACAGUUUUGAUAGCCCUAGUUACAGCAACCACACCGCCACCACCAAGGGGAGCAAUCAAAAUGGAACCUCCGCUGGGUCAUAUUGGACCGACGGUGGCUUCCGCUGAUGUUGGUCUCUUUGUGAGAGCCAUGUACUUGCAGAGUUGUUAUAUGCCAGAAAAUGUGAGCGUCAUGUGGUUAUUAUUCAGGAUACCGAAAUGUUCGAGUAAAAGAGUUUGGUUUUUUUUAAGUUGUCCACAACUGCCAGGUGCUAUGUCUAGUGGCAUAUUACUAUGGUCAGGGCUCGUUUUAAACUCCCAUCCCAACUAAGAAAUGUGUCGAAUUGAAAUUGUAAUCUACACACACUUCGCAAAUUCUUUAUUCCUUGUACUGAUUUGGCGUAGUUGCUAGCCUGGCAAGUUGGGUGGCGUAUGCACUAUCAUUUCAGCUGUAUUAUAUAUGUGAUUUGCUUUUUA